UUUAUCACAAGAAGAAGAAGAAGCUCCCUGUACUCUUCUUCCGUCCCUCUAUCAUCUCCGACAAAUUUCUUGUCUCGUUCCCCAUUAUCCGUCUAAUCAAACGGGAGGAUUUAGGAUACAAGUUUUGAUAACUGAACGGUGAAUGGUGCAUGUCAAGAGAAUUUGGAAUUGGCGAAUUUGCCAGAAUUUGAUUUUAUUUAUUCCUCUAACUGUUCUUGAGAUUCCAUUCGUUCAUUGUGAUACAUAGAUGGCCCUGGAGAAUCACCAAUUCUGAAGACUCAUUUUCCUGGAAAUCUAGGCGGAGACGGGAAGUGUAAACUAUCCGGCAGAUUACGGGAACGAUCAUCGCUUGCUUAGUUUAACCUGAGUCGCGGAUUUAAACUAAGAAUGUCAUCAUUAGUUGGAUUUUCGCAAUAGCUUUACAUUAAUCAAGGCCUGAGAACUGAAAGCGGCGAACUUUUUGGUCCUGGGUAGAUGAUUUUAGCUGAAUCAGAUUGAGUGAGGAUAUUGAAAAAUCGGCUCUUUUUCUUCUGCGCAAGGUUGUUUGAGAAGAAAUUUGAUUGCUACCAAAGUCGAAGUUUUCCGGAUUUGGGUCCUCCCUCCAACGCCGGCUGUAUGGCUCGGCCGUUAAUCUUCUGGUUCUCGAGCACGCUUAUAUUACUUAUGCCGAUUUUUGUUCGGUGAUAGGGCCUGUAAGGCUAAAAUGGUUCGUUGAUGCUCGGCCCUAAAUUCAUGAAUUCUUUUUUUUUGGUGCCUAUCCUUUGAAUCUUGGUGUGGUUUCAGUCUUUAGAGACGAACCACUUUCUGAAUCUUAAAAAUUCAGGGUGUCAAGCGAGCCGAUGCAAUGAUUGACACAGAACGGAGGGCUGAUUCUGGGGUGAUUCUAGUGCCGAGAGCAGCCCUGAAUCCAUUAACUCGUACAUUUCUUUAUUCUCUACAUCGUCUUUCCCGUCAAAAUGUGGCCAUACCUCCCUCCCUUUAAAAGAGGAGGGAAAAAAUGAAAGCUCUUUCGUUGACGCCAAUUGGAUUUUGAAUUGUUUUGGAUGGGAAAAUAUUUUCAUAAUCUCAGGUUCUCCGCCCCGUUAAUCUGAUCAUCCAUCUUGUCAGCGACACAGGAGAUGCUCCCAGCGCACAUGCUUCCCAUCGUUGCUGGUGCGGAAAGGAGAUGGAUAAAGAGUCACUUAGGAGCAAUAAUAACAUUAACAACAAUCCCAAAGACAAGAGCGGGCUCGCCGGAGCAGAUGCCUCGUCAUUGUUAUUGAGGGGAGGCUCCGAUAGCAUCAGACAGGCGGCCUCGACCACCACCACCACGACGUCUGAUUUACUGUUGGGGUGGGGGAACCGGAAGCGGCUGAGGUGCAUGAAGAUUCAGGUGAAGGACGACUCUUCCGCCACGGUUCAGCGGACGACGGUUCGAGUGGACCGCCGGGUCGUCAAGGAUCCUCCCAAUCACUCCACACCUCCCGUCCCUAAUGGCGCAAUCACUCAUAAUCACAGCAACCGCUAUCCCAACCUCCGUCAACGGUCAUCGUCGCCGCAACAGCCGCCUCCGCGAAUUCUCAGGAACUCGGAGACUUCGAGUGCUAUGAGAGGCCAAAGCAACGGGGGCGUUAGGGGAAUCGCGUCACCGGACAGGGGUGCGCACGAUAAGAGAGGGUCCCAUCACAACCACCACCACCACCACCACGAUAAUAACAAGUCCGCCGCCUCCUCCGACACCGCACACGAUAGCAAGAAGGGUGGCUCGCCGUCCGGCAGUGGUGAUGUCGCUCCUCCCGUUUGGCCCCCAAAGUUCGUGAUAGCCCUCACUAACAAGGAGAAGGAAGAAGAUUUUCUGGCAAUCAAGGGUUCAAAGCUCCCUCAGAGACCCAAGAAGAGAGCCAAAUUCAUCCAACGCACUCUCAAUCUCGUGAGUCCGGGUGCAUGGCUGUGCGAUCUCACCUUAGAACGAUACGAGGUUAGGGAGAAGAAGAUAUCAAAAAAGAGACCAAGAGGGCUUAAAGCAAUGGGCACCAUGGACUCAGAUUCUGAAUAGGGGAACCCCAGGGAAGAGGCAGGGAGUUCUAUCAGUCAGCUUGGCGCUCGGAAGAGGACUGUGUUGAUGAUAAAAUGACAAGAUGAAGUUGAACAUGCAUGUGUUGGAUAAGAACGUGAAAAAUGUUGCAAUGGCUUUUUGAGCGUGCCAUGAAAUCAAAUGCAAAUUGCUUUC